CUGCGAAAGAACAUGGAACAUGGACUGACGAGGUUGACUUGGAUGCCCACAAUGCAGGACCAUUGGUGACUGCUAUUUCAGUAACCAGCCGAAUGUAUCACAGUGACACUAUUUAAUACUGGGUUGGUUAAUCCUCGAGCCCCACCCACUCUUCCAGCGACAGGCAGUGGUUCCGUCCGUACUACUUACACCCACCCAUGUCGACCACAAUCACUCUAGAGGAAAUCCAAGCUUUGGACGUAGACUUCCUGAUAGGUCCAAUAAUCAAAUACAUCAGUGUUGCUGCUUUAACGCUCUUUACCUGGGAGCUGAUCUUAACUUUUCCUCACGAGGUUAGACUAUGGAACGCCAAAUGGACGCCUGUAAAAGUUCUAUUUUUCGUGAAUCGAUACUUUGUACUUGGGACAACUAUUCUAAUAACAUUUUUGACGUUCGAUGUUACACCCACAUGGGCUAUGUGUUCUACAAAUACUUUCUAUGCUGUCUUCGCUUUGUUACUAGUGGCCAACGUCGAAAUGAUUCUCCAACUUCGGUUAUAUGCGCUGUACGCCUAUGAUAAGAGAAUCGUCCUCCCUGUGUCGGCAUUGUUCGUUGCGGUUUUCAGUGGCAUGAUGGUGAUGGCAGUGUUCAUACACCAGUAUGAACAGAAUCACAAAGCUCAGAUCUUUGGCAUAUGUGCCAUAGUUGAGUCCGUGGAUUGGCUGUAUCUUUUCUGGGUACCAAUGAUGUGUUUAGACUUUGUUCUUGUCCUGUUAGCGGGCUACAAAUCUCUUCAGCAUUAUUCCCAAGUACCGGACAAGACUUGGUUUGGUGCACGUCUUAUGCGUGUCUUCGCGCGAGACUCGAUUCUUUAUUUUCUCUGUAACUUUUUGACAUACCUAUUCAACUCCUUGCUGGGCAAAUCCGGCCCUGCUGAGUAUUACUCACUUGGCACGAUCAUGGUCGCAAUUAUCCCACCUAUAUCGGCGAACCGUCUCCUCAUCAACAUGUAUGACUCGGCACAUGCCAAGAAAGAGAGAGAUGCAACGAGGUCUGUCGUUCGCAUCCAUCCUUCACCAGUGUGAUUGGCAUGAUGGUCAGAGUACACGAAGACAUAGAGAGAUCGCAUUCAUGAGUAUAGAGGGUCGGGAACGGCUGACUGAUGGGGCGCGUCUUACAUCAGGGCAUUCGCUGAUUCAGAGAUGCAACUAGGGCACUGGGGGUCCUUAGACUAGAC